GUUUAAAGCACCUCAAGAAACCACAAACCUGACGCUGUUUUGGUUCUUCCUGAGCUAUCAAAACCCACCAGAUUCAUUCCACGUCAACCCAGUUCAAACCCAAUUCAAUUCGCCAACCCAUCAAAACCCUAAUUCCCAAUUUCGGGAGCCAUUUCGCAAAUUAGGAAACUUGGAAAUGGAUUUGACCCACACGCAUCUAUACUCGCUACACACUCACUCACUGGCUCAGUCUCUGCCUCCGUCGCUGUGUUUGGUUCUUGGAGUCCAUGGCUUCCAAAGGUUCGUGCUUUUUCUGCAAGGCCGAGAGUGAUGUGUUCGUUGAUGGCUGGAAGCUCAAGGAUGGGUCUUCGGCCCAGCUCUGCAGGAAAUGCGGUUUUGCUUAUGUGAAUGGUAUAUUUUGUGAAACUUUUCACAUGGGAGCGGAAGGCUGGAGAGACUGUGCUGUUUGUGGAAAGCCACUCCAUUGUGGGUGCAUUAUGUCAUGCCACAAGUAUGCAGCACUGGAUGUCGGAGGUGUAGGUUGCUCAAACUGCUUACUAGAUGUUGAUAAAGCUAUUGCUUCCGGUCAAAUGACCCAAAUGCUGAAAGAAUUGGUUGCCAAGUACAAGACGGAUCCAACGGUUACGUUUGAUCCUACUAGGAAAGUUGUCGAGUCCCUUUCUCCUGGAUCUGUACAAGUGCCUUCUCCUCAGUUUGGAGCAUCUAAAGGAGAUACAUCUUCUGAAACCAAAGUAGACAGUGAAACACCUCAAAUGGAUGCCUCCACAGGGAACCAUUUACACACUGACAAUUGGCUGAAGACGACAAGUGCUGAGCAACUCCCAAAAGUCUCUGGAAACUUAAUCUCUUGUCAUAUAUCUCUGUUUGAGAAGUCAUCCACUGCAAGUGUAGCUAAUUGCAGUACAGGAUGUCUUGUGAUACUGAAGAAAUAUGCUGAGAAACAGACUCCAAGGGACAUUCAAACUGGUCCAACCCCAAAAGAUACAAGUCUGAAAGCAGACCAGGAACAAUCUCCGAUGGAUAUGGAAACAAAUUCGAUGCCUAUGGAAACAAAUCAGAAGACAAAUCAGAAAAGAAACCAGGAACAAUCUCCUAGGGACAUUGAAACAGGUCCAACGGCUGUAGGUAAAAGUCUGAAAGCAGACCAGAAACAGACUCCAAGGGACGUUCAAACAGGUCCAAUGCCUGUAAAUUCAAGUAUGAAAACAGAAAAGAAACAGACUCCAAGGAACAUUCAAACAGGUCCAAUGCCUGUAAAUUCAAGUAUGAAAAGAGACAAGAAACAGACUCCAAGGGACAUUCAAACUGGUCCAACCCCAAAAGAUACAAGUCUGAAAGCAGACCAGGAACAAUCUCCGAUGGAUAUGGAAACAAUUUCGAUGCCUAUGGAAACAAAUCAGAAAAGAAACCAGGAACAAUCUCCUAGGGACAUUGAAACAGGUCCAACGGCUGUAGGUAAAAGUCUGAAAGCAGACCAGAAACAGAUUCCAAGGGACGUUCAAACAGGUCCAAUGCCUGUAAAUUCAAGUAUGAAAACAGACAAGGAACAGACUAGGGACAUUCAGACAGAUUCAAUGCCUGUAAAUUCAAGUUUGAAAACAGGCAAGAAACAAUCUCCAAGGAAUUUGAAGACAAGUCCAAUACCGGUACAAACAAGUCAGAAAUCAGAACAGGUAAUUGCUUCUGUUUUAGGAUUUGACCGUCGUCACAAUCAUAUAUUUCUAUAG